UCUCUCUACAAUCCUUCUCUUUUCUCUCUCUCUCUAAGUCGAAUGGAACCCAAUGAAAACCAACUGAGCUACUACCACCACCACCACCAGAGCCCAACGACGACGACGACCACCGCCCCCACCGCCAACAACGCCGUUGCGUCACCAACCAAUGGGCUUCUGCCAAAUACCCACACCAGCGAUGGGACCCACAUGGUGUACCCUCACUCCGUGCCCUCCGCGGUGACGUCCCCACUCGAGCCUGCUAAGAGGAAGCGAGGGAGGCCCAGGAAGUACGGCACCCCCGAGCAGGCGUUGGCCGCCAAGAAGGCCGCUACGACGUCGUCUCACUCCUCCUCUUCCAAGGACAAGAAGGACCAUGGUGGUGGCGCUGCUUCGCCUUCCUAUUCUGGUUCCUCCAAAAAAUCUCAGUUGGUUGCUUUAGGCAAUGGAGGGCAAGGUUUUACACCACAUGUUAUCACUGUAGCAGCUGGUGAGGAUGUCGGACAGAAAAUUAUGAUGUUUAUGCAACAGAGUAAGCGUGAAAUAUGCAUUCUGUCUGCCUCUGGUACAAUCUCAAAUGCUUCUCUUCGUCAGCCUGCUACAUCAGGAGGCAACAUUACAUAUGAGGGUCGCUUUGAGAUUAUAUCAUUCUCUGGAUCAUAUGUACGUACUGAGCUUGGAGGGAGGGCUGGAGGGCUCAGUGUGUGUCUGUCCAGCACAGAUGGUCAAAUCAUUGGAGGAGGAGUUGGUGGACCUCUAAAGGCAGCAGGGCCAGUGCAGGUUAUUGUUGGUUCAUUUAUGAUUGAUGCCAAGAAAGAUGGUGUGAAAGGUGAUGUGCCUGGCAACAAGUUGCCAUCGCCAGUUGGUGGGGCAUCUUCCUCAAGUAUAGGCUUUCGCUCUGCAAUUGACUCUUCUGGAAGGAAUCCAGUAAGGGGAAAUGAUGAUCACCAAGCUAUUCCAAGUCAUUUCAUGAUUCAACCCCGUGGCAUGCAUAUGGCCCCUCCACGGCCGACAGAUUGGAGGACUGGCCCUGCUGGUUAUGAAUUGACAGGACGAGGUAUUGGAGCACACCAAUCUCCAGAAAAUGGGGACUAUGAUCAAAUUCCUGACUAGCUAGGGAUUGUUUUGGAAGUUUUUGAAAGGCAAUGUUUUGUGGUAGAUAGAUGAUGUAUAAUCGUACAAGCACUCUUUUGUUAGGUUAUGAUGUUCAUAGUAUGCAACAUACACUAAAAGAUAUUGGCUCUUCCUAAUACCUGUGAGCUCCACGAAAGUGUUUUCCUAGCUCCAAUUGCUUGUGGGACUCAUGGUGUAUUUGCUUGUUGGGUUGAUGCCUAAUUUUCAAUUACUGUUUACUAGGACGAAUAAGUAGUUUCUUUUGUAUGCAUUUUCAAAUUAUCAUAGUCUUUCUUUUUUUGCUUUUA